GGCCUCGUCCUUCGCUUCUUUCUUCAGUCUUUCUUUACUUUUCACUUUCAUUCACGGCUCUGCCGCCAGUUUCCUACAUCUUCUGUGCAAAGUCGGUCGCAGCAUAUAGUUUUAUUCCACCGGGUCAGUUACUGCAAUUCUCUGCUACACCAACAGUUGAUCUACCACGUAGCGCGCACGAAUCCUCUCACACAACGCAACCAUGAAAGAGAUUGACGCGCAUUUCGAUGCCUACGAGCAUCUGAAGCAUCUGCCUAGGGAGAAAGAGGCGUUGCACAUGCUCCGCAAGGCAGCUUCCAUGGUGAAGCCGAUUAUGAGGAAGCGCGGUUGGAAAGUAAGAACACUGUGCGAGUUCCUGCCCGAAUCAGCUCGACUACUAGGUCUGAAUGUCAAUCGCACAGAAAGAAUUCUCGUCCGCAUGAGGUAUCACUAUGAUGCCAGGCAAUUCCUACCCUUCGAAGAAAUCAUGGACACAUUACUACAUGAACUUUGCCACAUCGUAUUUGGCCCCCACGACGGUAACUUCCACAACCUCUGGAAUGAGCUCCGCGACGAACACCAGACGCUUCUCAUGAAAGGCUACACUGGCGAAGGCUUCCUAGGACAGGGCAAAAAACUGGGUGGUAAAAGAGUAUCACUUGACGAGAUGCGCCGUAAUGCCAGAAAGGCUGCCGAGAAGCGACACGCCACAUCUAAACCCGGUGAUGGAGGACAUCGCUUAGGCGGCUCACGUCCUGUACAGCGCGGCAUCGAUAUGCGAAAGGUCAUCGCCGACGCAGCGUCACGUAGAAUCAGCAUCACCGACGGCUGCGCGAGCGGAAGUGCCAACGCAGGAACAUUAGUCAAUCAGCAAGCACAGAAUGGAUUCCGAACGACCGCCGAACAAGACGACGCCAACGACUGGGCCAUUGCCCAGGCCCUGCAAGACCUCAUGUACGACGAGGAAAUGCAGAGGCUAGGUGCACCAACAGGAAACGGCGGUCUAGCCUGGGAUCCCGAGAACGGGUUGUCCGUCGACAAUUACCCUGCUCAACCUCCCCGUCCGCCAGGAAGCGGUACCACACAGCCGGAUUGGUACUAUGAUAAAAAUGGUGUCCUCCUUAAUGAUGGGCAAGCAUGGGGGCUGAAACCUGAUGGGAAGGGGGGAUAUUACAUGCCCGAACAUCCAGAGGAUGAACCAUCAAUGAAAGCCCCGCCUACACGCAGCACGGCACAACCUCCACAAGGAAAACCCAUAUCGCGACUCGUCACCCAAUCAUCAUCACGGCCUUCGAAUCCCAAGUCCUCUUCUUCCUCGCGAAUACCUUCACGUUUUCAUCCUCGCGAGGAGCAGGAGCGACGAAACAAGAGUCUGCCUUCCACACCACCUCCCUCAUCUACACUCUAUUCUCCUGACCCCUCUCCGCACCCCCCAUCCCAACAACCCCCGCACAUCCCUCCCCCCGACCACUGGUCCUGCCCCUACUGCACCCUCGACAACCCCCUCGCCCACCUCGCCUGCUCCAUCUGCGGUACUGAACAACCACCCCAACCCAUCCCUGAACACCGGCGCUUCGCCUCUUCCUCCUCUAGUUCCUCCAUUCCCAACCUGCCUAGGCCCCCUCCUAGGACUGAUCUGAGGGGAAAUGGGGCGACAACGCCGUUUGAACCUGCGAGGGGGCGGUUGGGCUGGAAUUGCCUGGUUUGUGGGACGUUUAUGGAGAGGGAGUGGUGGACUUGUAGUUGUUGUGGGACUAUGAAGGCGGAGAGUUAGUGGUGGGUGGGGUGAGUGAGAGGGAUGGGGUGGGUGAGGGGGGUUGUGGUGGUUGUGUAGUUCUUCGGUGUCUUUCUCUCUCUUUUCUUUUGGGUUUCUAAUUUGAAUAGAACGGGAUGGAUUUGAUGGGGAGUUCACGUACAUAUACCCGCGCAGAAGGAAGCGCAUGAUGGACGUACAUCCACAUUGCAUGUUGGAUGUUCUGGUAUUUCACGGCUAUUGGAUCGAGAAUAAGUUCUGUCACAUCUUGAAUGUAGUAGUAGUAAUAAACAUUCCAUCCGACUCAGUCUGAACCUUUAUCUCUUCCGUCCUGGGUGGAGGAGGCGGAGGGGAGGAGGUGGAAGGCUCGCUCUUUUCUGAUUAGAGGUAGUCGACUAUUCAACUAACAUUACAUCUUCGAUUUCGCAUCUACAGAUCUUCCAUCCGAAUUGGUUCGCGAAGUUAUCCUCCUGGGUGGGUGGAAG